AUGUCACGGAGCUUGAGAACACUGUCCAGCGCGGCACUUCCUGCGAGGUGUAUCGCGGGACCUAGUCGGCUUCCACUUGACACCAUCAGGAAAGCGUCCACUCAGGCCGCAUCCAACCCAUCAUCACCAUCAUCAUCACCAUCUUCCUCCCCUGCGGCCUUGGCCUCGGCCUCGGUCCAAUCUACGGCUUCUUAUCCCUACUCAAGUAGUAUCGUUUCCAAACCUUCGACUCUUGAGACACCUACGCCUCGGCGUAAUCUGCUUCACCCAAAGAAAGGAUGGUCCGUCAUUGAACAUUUGAACUCACACCUUCGAUCUCAAUACGAUACAUUGUCCCUCAGUACGACCCUCUUCGCGCGUAAAUCUCCCGAACGUCUGAGGACGGGAUCCAUCAUUACCGUCACUUCCUGGACUAAUGCCGCCAAAACGGCAACCACAUCGUUCUCCGGCGUGUUGAUCGGUACGAAACAUAGGGGGAUCGAUACGUCUUUCAGGGUCCGGAACGUCGUCUCGAGGAUAGGCGUAGAAUACAACUUCAAAUGCUGCUCACCUCUCCUGAAAGAAGUCAAAGUCAUCAAGAGCGCGAAAGGGAAGAAGGGUCCAGGCAGAGAUUUGGGCACUAGAAAAGCAUAUUGGGUCAGAGACAGACCAGAUAUCUUGUCCAAAAUCGCGGCGCAGGCGAGCAAAGCGGUCAAGUCGAGGUAG